GAUAUGUUAGGAAUUACAAAAUCGGAAAUGACACGACUUUCUCCCGAACAGUUUGUAAAUGAACAACAACACCUUUUAUUACCUGAAACUGUUCAAGCUUCUGUAGAUGAGAAUGCUUCAGAAGAAACUACUUUCUCUUCUGCUGAUGAAUGGGAUCGUUUAAUGAAUUUAGCUUCUACAGAACAACUUCCAAAUAUUGUUAGUUAUGUAAGACAAAUGAUUUCUGAUGUUCCUCAAAUUCCUUCUUUGGAAAGACUUUCAAUAUCUGAAGAUGAAUUAAUAUUUUUUGCUGAUACUGAGGCAGAGGAAGAAGAACCCGCUUUUGAAAUUGAUUUGGGUGCUUUUGAAUUAGUUGAUGCUGGAAUUAGUGCAGAAGAAUUAUUAGCCAAUGAGGACCCUGUAAUUUACCAUAGAGACAUGCCUGUACAUUCUGUUCAUCAUGAUACUGUUCAGACAGAGGCAGCCAUUCAAAAUUUAAUGAAUGCUUCACAAUCAAUGUUAUCCUCUCAAAUUCCACCUACAAUGGUUGCAGAUAAUUAUUGUUUUGCUGUAGAUGCUGAUAAAAUUCAAAUGGACGAUGUUUUGGGUGAUGAACAUUGGUGGAAACACACAUCUAGACCUACUAAAUAUUUUUAUAGGUUACUCAAAAGCCAAAUACUAUUAACGGUAUUGUAA